UUAUGUUCCCCACUUUAGCUAUUUUAUAUCCAAAAAUUGAUCAGAAAUCUCUCUAUGGCACAUGGGCUUGUAGAGAAGAGGUAAUCAAAUCCAAACUAUUAGCAUAAAUUUGGGAUAAAUUGAGAUAACUUCUAAGAUAUAAAUUAUGCAAUUUGAUUUGGGAUUAUUGAGUAAAACAACAAAAAUAAGCGUAUACCUGAAUGCAUGAAUUUCUAUUUCUAUUAUCGCCCACUGACCUACAUCCGGGACUUUCGCCAACUUUCCAAGAUGGACGACGAGACUGAAAAAAAUUCCAAGAAGAAAAUCUCUGGUAGCAGCUCCAAUGUAGCAGAUCCCAAGAUCUCUAGUAGCCAACUUGCGGAAGAAUGGGAAAAUUUUGCAAGUCUCAUUGCGGAACCUCCAUUGGAGAAGAAAGCCACAAAACCAUCGAAAAGUGAUGAGGACUCAUCAUCUUCAGAAUCAUCAUCAGAUUCCUCAUCUAGUUCAAGCUCGUCAUCAGAUUCUGAAGAAGAGAAAGAAAAAUCUAAAAAGUCAAAGAAAAAGAAGAAAGUUAAAAAGAGAAGGAAGCGAGAGAGUAGCAGCGAUUCCAGCAGUUCUGACGAGGAAGACUCCAAGAAGAAGAAAAAGACAAAAACUGAUGUGAAAGCAGCAGAACAAGCUGUGGUUGAAAAAACUGAGACUAUAAAGUUCAAGAAAACAUCUGGAAAGAAUUAUCGCACCAAGGCUAGGAGUCGUAGUCGAUCCCCUGGUAGUCACAGAGAUAGACGUCAUGGUAGUCGAAGUAGAAAACAUAGGAAAAGAAGUCGCAGUCGUAGCAGGAAUCGCAGUCCAGGCAAACAUCGUGAAAGAAAACACUCCACUGGAAAGAAACGAAGUCGUAGUCGAAGCAGAGAUAGAAAAAGAAGUAGAAGGAGUAGAAGCAAUGACAAAAAACGAGAAAGUCCAAGUAGAAACAAAGAUAACAAAGACCGUAAAUCAAGUAAGGAUAAAGAGAAAAAGCGAAGUCGAAGUAAAAGUAAAGAGCGGAGAAAACGCAGUCGUAGCCACAGCAGAGACAGAAGGAGACAUAGAAGUAGGAGCAAAGAGAGAAAAUCACAUAGACGGAGAAGUCGAAGUCGGGACCAUAAAAAGAAAUCAAGUGGACAUGAUCGUCAUCGUAGAAGUAGAAGCCGGGACAGACAUCAUAGAAGUUCAAAAGAUCGGCCUACAAAGCGCAGUAAAUCUAGAUCUCCAAGGGCUAAAAGUCGCAGUAUCAGUCCAUUCCGUGGCAAGCGAAUUUUUAAAGGACUUGGUCGCAAUAGUUUUAACAGUAGAAGUAGAAGUAGGUCACCUGUAAGGCAUAGGGAUAGGUAUGGGAAAAGGCCCUCUCCAAAUAGACCAACUUUUAAGGAGUCUUUGAAACAGAAGCUAGUUGAGGCCCAGAAAGUUUUCAAUGAGACUGGCAAGCUGCCAGAGCCUGACAACCUAAAGGAGCUGAUAAAAGCGAAUGAGAAGCCAAGUGAUCUCCCAUUAGCAGACGCUGCAACCCUAGCUGCUUUAACUAAAGAGGGUGUUAUAACUCCACAAUUAGCUCUCAUGCACUCAAUGGCAGCUAUGCACCAGAAGGCUCAAGAGAUGACAGGAGUGGCUGUUCCAAAGUAUUACAACCCAGCUGCUGUCAAUCCAUUGAAAUAUGCAGAACAGAUUAAGAAAAGGAAAUUACUUUGGUCCAAAGCCAAAGAUAACAAAGAGGAAACAACUGGGCAAUGGAAAGGUGCGUUAUUCAUGCAAGAUAAUGAGGGAAAAACCUCAGAAAAAUUCAAGAAACUUAUGGGAAUGAAAGACGUUGAUCUAAAAGACGAUGAGAAGUUAACAGAGGAACAACAGAAAAAACAAAUGGAACUGUAUCGCAGACUUGAUCAAGAUUAUGAGUUGGCUCGUAUGACAACUCAUACACACAGAGGGGUAGGAUUAGGUGCAGUAUCAGCAGGGCCACUAUUAGCCCCUGGUUCUGUGGCCCCUGGAUCUAUAGCCCCUUUGUCAGUUCCUGCCUCUGCAAUUCAGAAGAAGGAUCCUCCUUAGAGAACGGGAAUCAACUGUUAGAUUUAAUUUUAGUGGAAUUGGGACUGGGUUUACUAUUUGUUGACUUUAUUCAUUGUCAGAAAAUGAGAUCUUCAGAUUCAGACGAUUCAACAAUGCUCCUUUUCUCAUUAACUGACUGUCAAAGGGCAUUUCAUAGCAUAGCAUUAAUGGAGUUACAAAAAUGAAAAAAAGGUACUCAAAUACAAUACAAUCAUCCUCCGACCACAGGGCUUCAAAAUCCAGAAUAUAUUCUUUCUUUUUACCCCCUGCGAUAAGCAGUUAGCAUUUCCC